AUGGCCAAUAUCAACGAACGCAAUGUAUACUUCGGCACGGAUUCAUUGAAGAAAUACUUCAAUCCGGACUCGCAGCCUCCCCUCCCUCUCGUAGAGUUACCACCGCAUCUUAACCCAUACUACGAAGAUGGCGUCCGAAUUUACGCGAAAAUGAUGACCAUGCAUCCGGCGAACAACGUCAAAGCAAUGCCAGCAUUAAAUAUGCUCGAAUCCAGUGUGGUACCGGGCGAGACCAACCGGAUCAUCGAAUAUAGCUCCGGCUCCACGGUGAUAUCCAUGUCGAUGGUGGCACGGGUGAUGCACGGGGUCAACGACACUCGGGCGUUCCUAAGCAAUAAGACCAGUGAUGCCAAACUGAAGCUCAUGCAAUUCUUCGGUCUGGACAUCACCCUCUUUGGCGGGCCUUCGCAACCCGAGCCCCUCGACGAGCGAGGCGGAAUCCAAAACGCCCGUCGCAAAGCCCUAGAAUCCGACCAGGUCGUCAACCCAAAUCAAUAUGAAAACAAUAACAACUGGCAAUCACACAUCCGCUGGACAGGACCCCAGAUCUUCAAGCAACUGCCCGAGAUCAAUGUCCUCUGCGCUGGCAUGGGAACUUCAGGUACCAUGACCGGUCUGGGCACGUACUUCAAGGGGGUAAAGCCCUCUGUCUACCGACUGGGAGUGUGCACUGCCCCUGGCGACCGAGUCCCUGGCCCUCGGUCCUAUGCCCUCAUGCGGCCGGUCGAGUUCCCCUGGAAGGAUGCAGUGGACACGAUUGAAGAAGUCGGCUCCGCAGAGUCCUACACCCUUUCCUUGAACCUGUGUCGGGAGGGUCUGGUAUGCGGGCCUUCCUCUGGGUUCAAUCUCCAAGGGUUGUUCCAGAUGCUUGCCACGCGCAAGGCUGCCGGCACGUUAUCUGAGAUCGCCGGCCCUGAUGGCAUCAUCCACAGCGUCUUCCUCUGCUGCGACCUGCCAUACCAGUACAUUGACGAGUACUUCGCCAAGCUUGGCGAGAGCCAAUUCCACCCUAUUCGAAACGAACGCCUGACGAAAGUCGAUCUCCACCGAUACGACGAAAGCUGGGAGCGCGACGCCCUAGACGUCCUUCCGGAGUUCUUCGGCUCCCCGUCCGGCCGCUGGACCCUAGACGACAUCGUCCUCAAGCCUCAAAGCCGAGUCCUCGAUCUGCGACAGCCCGAGGACUUCCAGGCCUGGCAUUUGCCAGGGUCCACUAACCAACCCCUCGCCAGCCUGGGACCACACACAGCCUCUCCGUUCUCCGACCCUGGGAUCCUGGAGAAGCAGUGGGUGGAGCUGGAGAAGAUGGAGUAUGACGUCGGACACGUUCUGGUAGUGUGCUACGAUGGAGACUCGGCCCGCGUGGCUACCAGCGUGCUGCGGGCCAGAGGCCUGGAAGCGGACAGUGUGCGUGGCGGGUACCGCGCACUGCAGAUGUUUGGAGAACAGGCAGCUGUUAAGGCGAUAGGGGCUACUGUUUCCGUUGCGGCAGUGCCCCUUGAGUAA